ACCCGGAAUUCCCACGGGAAACUUUUUAAGGCGAAGCGAAACGCGCGUGAACAGCUAGUUCAAAAUAAGAUCUCAAUGGUGGAAGUGGGGUGCUAGGUAUUUGUCGAGACGUUUCUUUUGGAGAACCCGCGGUAUAAACCCACUCUUAUCACACGCAAGUUAUACGUAAGUUCGAAUAUUUCUGGAUUGAACGAGUCUUGCUAUAUUAUCAUCGUGUUGUUUGACCUGUCACCCCCCUGGGAGAUAGCCGGUCGAUUCACAGCGUCAGUUUCAUUAAUAUCUCUUGUUUCGAAGUGUUUCCAAGUGUUUUAACGUUGUUGAGUUUUCCUGGCGGUUUAUUUGGAACCUAUUGAAAAUGGAAGCAGCCAUGGACAUAGAAAAUGCCAACUGCAAGCUGCGGGUCUCUCAGUGUACAGACAUGGAGAUAUUGCCCAUAGAACGACCGAUCAAGGUUGACAGAGAGAUAGACGGACUAGAGAAGCUGGUGGCAGAGCUACACAGGGUGUUCUCCCACGACCACGUCAACGUACAGGAUGUGCAGAAGCUGAUGACCGGCUACAGCAGCGACCCCAAGCACUGGAAGAAGUACGCCAAGUUCGACCGGUUCCGCUACACCCGCAACCUAGUAGAUGCUGGUAAUGGAGCCUUCAACAUCAUGAUCCUGUGUUGGGCCGGCGGCCACGCGUCCGCUAUCCACGACCAUGCGGACUCGCACUGCUUCAUGAAGAUGCUGAGCGGCAGCCUUGAGGAAGUCAGAUACGACUGGCCAGACAACGUACAGCCGGAGGUGUUAAAAAAACUAAAGAGCACAACAAAAGCCCGCAGAAGAUGCUGUUCAGAAAGCGAAGACAAAUACCUGAGCAGCAAAAUGAACGCACUCAACAUGAACUGUCAAAAUGACAGCUGUCACAAUUUUGGCGGAAGCAUAGACAACGAUCAUGCUGAGAACGGAAACGGAAAUGUGGAAAAAGAAAAUGGAAGCCAUUGCAAAAAUGGAGAAGAUCGCCACGAGGUCUACGAAGCACAAAACAUGGUAGAAAUUGGACGCACUCGGUUAGAAGUUAACGAUGUCUGCUACAUUAAUGACGCGCUCGGCCUCCACCGCAUGGAGAACCCUUCGCACGUGGAUGCCGCCGUCUCCCUCCACCUCUACUGCCCGCCCUUCGACAGCUGCCGAGUCUUCGACGCCAGCACCGGCAAGCCCACGCAGGUGUCUGUGACCUUCACCUCUAAGUUCGGGAAGAGGAUUAAGAGGAUGGAUGAAGUAAUUGAAGUAGCCGACAGUCAACAGUGAUGUAGAUGACGAUUGCCAUGGACUGCAUAAAUAUUUCGUAUACGCUAGUGGCAUAAGAAAUUAUAUUUAAUACUAAUAAAUCUUACUGAUCUAUACGGAAUA